UCUCUCUCUUCGGUCCCCUCCCUCCCCACCCUCUAAAGUCUCUCCUUCUUCUUCUUCUUCCUUAAUCACCUCUGCUUCUUUCAUUAAUUUCUCAAUCUAGAGAAUAUGAUUACUGAACCAGGUCUAACCGGGAUUUCUGCUGCGAUUACUCGGAACCGUUUACCCGGUUUACCCGAUCAAUCCACUUCGUUGCUCCCCAAUCAUACCUUCACUCCGGUGUCACUAUACGACAGUUUCAAUUACAAUCUCUCCUCCUCCGAUCACAGGAAUCCGCCGGAGAAUUCAGUUUUUGUUCGGGAAGUGGUAGUGGGGGAAGAAGAAGAUCCGGCUGAUGAUUUUGAUUUCUCCGAUGCUGUGUUAGGAUACAUUAGUCAGAUGUUGAACGAAGAAGACAUGGAUGAUAAAGUAUGCAUGCUCCAAGAGUCUCUAGAUCUCGAAGCUGCUGAGAGAUCGCUUUACGAAGCUAUUGGUAAGAAGUAUCCUCCAUCUCCUGAACGGAACUUGGUGGCUUCGUUCGCUGAGCGGAAUGGUGAGAAUCUUGACCGUGUUGUUCCAGGUAACUACACCGCAGGUGAUUGUAUAGGUUUUGGGAAUGGUGUAAUCAAGCCAAUGAGCGGUGGUUUUACUAUAGAUUUUCGAAAUCCUCAGAGUCGUUGUUCAUCGGUUCUAAGUGUUCCUCAAUCUAAUGGUUUUGGAAUGGACCAGUCUUCGAAGAAGAGUUUGUAUUCUGAUUCGAAUGGGGAGAGUCAUCAAUCUGUUUGGUUGUUUAGGGGUGGGAUUGAAGAAGCUAGUAGGUUUCUUCCUGAACAAAACGAGUUGAUUGUGAAUUUUAGAGAGGAGAGUUGUAUGAGCAGAGGAAGGAAGAACUCUAGCCGUGAUGAGGUUUGUGUGGAAGAAGAGAGGAGUAGUAAGCUACCUGCUGUGUUUGGUGAGGAUAUUUUGAGGUCAGAUGUUGUAGAUAAGAUCUUGGUUCAUGUUCCUGGAGAAGAGAGCAUGAAGGAGUUUGAUGCGUUGCGUGAAGUUCUGAAGAAAGGAGUAGAGAAGAAGAAAGCUUCAGUGGCUCAAGGUGGGAAGAGACGAGCUAGAGGAAGGGGACGUGGAAGAGGAGGAGGAGGAGGAGGAGGAGGGCAAAAUGGGAAAAAAGAAGUUGUGGAUUUGAGAAGUUUAUUGAUACAUUGUGCUCAAGCUGUUGCAGCUGAUGAUCGUAGGUGUGCGGGCCAGUUGUUGAAACAGAUAAGGCAGCAUUCUACGCCGUUUGGUGAUGGGAACCAGAGAUUGGCUCAUUGUUUUGCUAAUGGUCUCGAGGCGAGGUUAGCCGGUACCGGAAGCCAGAUUUACAAAGGGAUUGUGAGUAAACCGAGAUCAGCUGCAGCUGUCUUGAAGGCUCACCAGCUUUUUCUUGCGUGUUGUCCGUUUAGGAAGCUCUCUUAUUUCAUAACCAAUAAGACCAUACGCGAUCUUGUUGAUAAUUCUCAGCGGGUUCAUGUUAUUGAUUUUGGUAUCCUCUAUGGUUUCCAAUGGCCAACUCUUAUUCACAGGUUUUCCAUGUAUGGAUCACCAAAGGUUAGGAUCACCGGGAUUGAGUUUCCUCAGCCAGGGUUUCGUCCAGCACAGCGGGUUGAAGAAACUGGUCAAAGGUUAGCAGCGUAUGCCAAACACUUUGGUGUGCCAUUUGAAUAUAAAGCAAUUGCUAAGAAGUGGGAUGCAAUUCAACUUGAAGAUCUCGAUAUAGACAGAGAUGAGGUUAUCAUAGUUAAUUGCCUCUACCGAGCUGAGAAUUUGCAUGAUGAAUCGGUCAAAGUAGAAAGCUGUAGAGACACUGUGCUUAAUUUGAUCGGGAAGAUCAAUCCGGAUCUUUUUGUCUUUGGCAUUGUGAAUGGUGCAUACAAUGCACCGUUCUUCGUGACACGAUUUCGCGAGGCUCUGUUUCAUUUCUCCUCGAUUUUCGACAUGCUUGAGACGAUUGUGCCACGGGAAGACGAAGGGAGGAUAUUCCUUGAGAUGGAGGUCUUUGGGAGAGAGGCAUUGAAUGUAAUUGCGUGUGAAGGUUGGGAAAGAGUGGAGAGGCCUGAGACAUACAAGCAGUGGCAUGUCCGGGCUAUGAGGUCAGGGUUGGUACAAGUUCCAUUUGACCCAAGCAUUAUGAAGACAGCGCUGCAUAAGGUCAACACAUUCUACCACAAAGAUUUUGUGAUCGAUCAAGAUAACCGAUGGCUCUUGCAAGGCUGGAAAGGAAGAACCGUCAUGGCUCUUUCUGUUUGGAAACCAGAGUCCAAGGCUUGACUGACAAAUCCUCGUUAGCAUAAGGGAGAACCAUAUCUUGAUUUUUUCCCCUGUAAUUCCAAGAUACGGCAUCACAGAUGAAAGUCUUUGUCAUCCGCAAGAACUUGUUAAAAGAUGAUAUUGAUGUAAGUCCCUAUUUAUAACUUCCCUAGCUGGAUAUUUGUUGGUUUCUCAGCUAGGUUAGUAGGUUCUCCUAACGGUAUUCUUGUAGCUAGGGAUGAUCAGAGAGUUUGUAUAUUGCUAGCAGAGUUAACUUGUCUAGAUUGUAACACGUAUAAGAGGAAGCUUAGACAAACUAUGGUUUCAAGAGAAGGUUUUUACUUCUCCAAUGUACACACGAGGACCAACGUACAUUGAAAUAAGAGGUU